AGUACAACAGAAAUGUUACAAGUGGCUGGUAAAAUCCUUCUUUCUGAUUUGCAAUGUGACACCAAGAUUCCUAAAAUGAAAUCAAGUGUUUUAAUUCUACUUUUGCUAAUAAAUACAUCACAGAAAAAAAUGACACAUGGAAAAAAGGAUCCAAAAAAACCUGGGCUGGAGUUUGUCUUCUUCACAUCAUCUACCAAGACUUACAAAGGGAGUAUCUCUGCAGUUGAUAAUGAGUACACCUCAUCUGUGUCCUACAUUGUUGCAGAAUUUAACUCUGUGGCCAAUGAAACGGCAUGGUUUAAGGCUCAGAACUACUGCAGGAAUAUAAACUCAGAACUGGUAACUGUGGAUAAUGAAGAAAAAAAUCAAUUACUCAUAAAAACAUCAGAAAAGCAAGAAUUCUGGAUUGGGAUGCAUCGUAAUGGUGACCAGUGGCAAUGGUCGAAUCAGGAUAAAGUUACAUAUACAAACUGGAAAAGAGAUUUCUUCUGUGCUUUUGUCCAUUCUGAUGGCUCGUGGAAUGAUUCAGUCUGCCAUGACAGUAAAGAAUUCAUGUGCUACAGGCGUAAUGUAUCUGUUUUAAAAACAAGUAACAUUAGUGAGAGAUUUGUCCUAAUAAAUGAGAAGAUGAAUUGGAGCACAGCUCAGAACUUCUGUCAAGUACACUACAAAGACCUGGUCAGCAUAAGAAAUAAGAGCGAAAAUGAGGAGAUACUAAGGAAUGCCAAGGGCACUUCAUUUUGGAUCGGUCUGUUCAACAACCCCUGGAAGUGGUCUGAUGGAGGGAAUAUAACAUUUCAAAACUGGGAACCCAAACAACCAGACAAUUUUAAUCGUAAUGAAGCAUGUGUGGAGAUUUUUAAAAAUGGAAGAUGGAAUGAUAAUAUCUGUAAGAAACAGCUGAAUUUCUCCUGCUUUAACAGGUCUAGUGUAUCCACAUCAUACUACUUUGUGCCUAAUUCAUUGUCCUGGCAAGAUUCUCAGAAAUACUGCAGUGAGAAUUAUACAGACCUGGUGACUAUUGAGAAUGAAACAGUGAAUCAGCAGGUAUUAGCACUGCCAGGACAAAGCUGUGGUUGGAUUGGUCUCCACCGUGAAAAUGACAAGUGGGCUUGGUCCAAUGGUGACCCUCUCACCUUCACAAACUGGAAGCGAGAGUUUUUCUGUGCUGUGCUCCAGUCAGAUGGCUCUUGGAAUGACUCAGACUGCAGUCAAGAAAAGCCUUUCAUGUGCUACAAUGAAACUAAUAAUUUUAAUCGUACAUAUAUUUGGAUAAAUGAGAGUAUGAACUGGAACAAAGCUCAGAACUACUGUCAAGUGAACUACAGAGAUCUGGUCAGUAUAAGAAAUGAGACUGAAAAUAUGGAGAUAAUAAAGAAAGCACAAAUCACUCCCUUCUGGAUUGGUCUGUUCAACAAUCCCUGGAAGUGGUCUGAUGGUGGGAAAUCAACAUAUCAAAACUGGGAAAAUUCACAACCAAACAAUUAUAAACAUCAUAAAAAGUGUGUGGAGGUGAAAAAUAAUGGAACGUGGAGUGUUGAUGAUUGCAAUUCAACAAAGCCUUUCAUUUGCUCCAAGAUUGUCAUGAAUGUAACAUUUAUAAAUACAAAUUCAACUUGGGAAGAUGCUGUGGAUUACUGCAGAGAAAAGAAUUCUGAUCUCAUCAGCAUCUCAUCUAAGUUGGAGCAGGAUGCAAUAGCCGCAUUGGUGAACAUCACCGGUUCAUCUAGCGUGUGGCUGGGGCUGAGGCAGAGCCGCCUCUUUGGAUUCUGGUUUUGGAUUGAUGAAAAACCUUUGAGUUAUGAGAAGUGGCUCCAUGGACCUCCCUCACAGCUCCCUGCCUUGAGCUCUUGUGCUGUUAUGUCUCAAGAAAUGAAUUUCAGUUGGACUAAUGUUCCUUGUUCAGAAAAAUACAGAUUCAUCUGUAGGUAUCAAUAAAAUUAACCCAAACCCUAAUUUUAGUGUUUAUAAUUAUCUUCAUAUAUAAUUCUAUAUACAGUGCUUGAAGUGAGACAGCACCUCUUCUUAUUUCAACAUAGCAUAACAGCACCUUUCCAUAGCAUACCGAUGAGUACCAGAAGCUCUUUGUAAAUUUUCAACACACCUUUCUUCAAUCGAAUGCUGAUAUAUCCAUGUGUUUAGAGCUUAACUAGGGCACACAUCCCCCACCUGGCCACUUUGAUUGACUGUCAUUGUAUCACAACAAUCUAAGUUUCCACCCCCACCUAACUCUUUGAUCGAAAAUUACCCUGAAAAGAGUACCACCACUUCAAGUACUGUUCAUAUCAAUGUUUUACUCUUUGAAGUGUUAUCACACUUUACUUCUAUCAUUGUUGAACCCGGUUUCAGGCUGUUAUCUUUGGAAUAGGUACAUUAGUAAGUGUGACUGAAAAUGUGGCCUGCAUUAGACUGGCAUUCAAAACAGUGAUGGCAUCUGUUUCCUACACUUCUCUUGAGCUUGGCACUGGAUGAAAGAUGCUUGAUUUAGAUAAUGAAUAAUUGUAUAUUAUAGCUUACAAAAGAUAUAUAAAUAAUAACGAAAAAGAGGCUAAAUAUUAUAUUCAAUGAAUGCAUUCUAAUGUAUAAUUUAUUUAAUCCUUUUCUAAAUGUAAC